AGCAGCGCAUGGCAUUUGUGUGACUGAAGGACCACCGAUCUCAUUGUCUAUAGGGGAGCCACUGACCACUCGUAUCUAUAUCUGAUCUGAUGACAAUUGAGAGAUAGUGCGGAAACUGUACUAGGGUGUCAUCGCUGCUGUUCUCAGUCAGUGUGCCAUUCCCAAGGCUUGCGUGCAGACGUCCUCUCCUCAAGUGAUGCUUAAAAUAGUAACGGAAGAGUUCAGCCUAAUAACUGUUACAGAGGGUGAGACGGCAAGAGGCGGCACGUGUCCACCGAAGCCAGUGUGCAUGCAGCUCGUCCACGCCUUUCUUGUGGCAACCCAGCACUGUAUUUUGUGUGUCAGUGGGUGGAAGGAGUGUUUGCGUUGACUGUCGCGUGUGGUGGGUAAAGGAGGUUGUUUUUAAAGAGGAGUUUAGUAUAUUUUUCUCCCGUUGAAGACUGAGUAAACCUCGGCAUCAUGAAGGACACCACCAGACAACUGAGGGAUUUGGCCGAGGAGAUUGCAAAGCUGGAGGGCAUGGCUCAAGUCCUCCAAAGCCAGUCAGUGCCUGAGGUGAAGGUGGUGGGUCCCGAGGGAAUCUGCCGAGAAUCUCACUAUGGGUCUGUGUCAUCUGGCCUCACCAGUGAAGGUGGACCCAUGGAUGACUCCACAACCACCAACACAACUGCCCUGCUCCAUCCCAAUGUGACACCCAACAGGAUGAGGCGUCGGCUCAAGUUCUUCUUCAUGAAUCCUGUUGAGAAGUGGCAUGCUAGAAGACGCUUUCCCUGGAAACUGCUUCUUCAAGUGUUUAAGAUAGUUGUUGUGACAGCACAGUUAUGCCUCUUCGCUCAGCAGCGGUACAGUCAUGUAGACUAUCUAUGGGACACCAAGGUCUCGUUUUCUCACCUGUUCAUCAAGGGCUGGGAGAGCACCAGAGAGAUACAAGUGUACCCUCCAGGGACAGGUCCUCUAGCUGUUUACGAAAAGCAAGAGUUUUAUGCGUAUUUAGAUUAUGCCAUCAUAACAUAUGCCAACAUCAACGACAAGGCCAUUGGAACGUAUUCCUACAAGUACAAAGAUGGGGAACUAGUGUUGCCAACCCUGUGUAAUUCCCACUAUGCUGGCGGUCAUGUCUUCCUCAACAAUAAUACAUAUAUUCUCAGUGACAACAUCACCACAUCUUGCAUAAAUAUCCCUGUGGAGGAGGUCAAUGCAACAGACUGGUCCAUUGAAACCUACUUGGAACAGAACAACUUCACCAUAAACUUUGACCUGCUCCUCAACACUGAGUUCACCUUCCACCUUCGCACCAUAAAGCUGAGAGUCAACCUGCCGUUUGACACCCCAGAAUGCUAUGGUCUCACAGGGAAGAUAGUGUUCAACAACCAUGAUCAUGACGGGCAAAUGGUUGUGGACCUGGACUUGGGGGCACAGGUGCUGGAGUGUCAUGGCUCAGUUAUGCUGGUCUCUGAGGCACACACACUCAAGGUGUGGCGGAUGGUCAUCAACAUUACAAGCAUCAUCAUCUGCAUCAUUUCCCUCAUCAUGUGUGUGCGUGCCAUGUACCGCGCACAGCUGCUCAGGAAGACAACAGAGACGUUCUUCAGCCGACACUUUGGGAAGGAAUUGAGCUUUGAAGAACGCAUGGAAUUUGUCAACUUGUGGUAUUUGCUCAUAUGCAUCAACGACAUCCUCAUAAUCUUGGGCUCCUUCCUCAAAAUUGGCCUGGAGAGUAAGACCUUGCGCUUACACCGAUUUGAGUUUGUGAAAGGCAGUCGGCUGGUGAGCUAUGAAGGCUACCUCGACACCUGGAAUGUUUGCUCGCUCUUCUUGGGGUUGGGCAACUUGCUGGUGUGGUUUGGGUGUUUGCGGUACCUUGGUUUCUUCACCACAUACAAUGUGUUAAUUCUAACCAUGAAGAAAUGUAUCCCAAAUGUACUGCGCUUCUCAAUUUGUCUCAUGAUGGUGUUUGCCGGAUACUGCCUCUGUGGCUGGCUGGUUCUAGGGCCAUACCACUUAAAGUUCCGCUCCUUUUCAUCCACAAUGGAGUGCCUGUACUCCCUCAUCAACGGAGACGACAUGUUUGCCACCUUCUCUUCCACCUCGGGCAAGGAUCCUGUGGUGUGGUGGUUCUCCCGUGUCUACCUCUACUCCUUUAUCUCCCUCUUCAUUUAUGUGAUACUGAGCCUCUUCAUCGCCAUCAUCAUGGAUGCCUAUGAGACGAUCAAGCACUACUAUGAUGUGGGUUUUCCACUCAAUGACCUGAUGAAAUUUGUCCAAGAGUGCACUGAAGAACCUUCAAGUGGAGUUUUCCAGGAUGAGGGUGAACAUACUAUCCAUGAUGUUAUAAACUCCAUCUGUUGCUGUGGCUAUGAAUCGAAUCAGCCGACCACAGAGUAUGAAUCUUUUCUCACCUAGUGCAUUGCUGACUGGAUUUACUUGGGAAAAGGUUCCUUGUAUGGUAUAUAGUCAGGCCUGCAUCUACUUGGAUUUUAAGUAACAUUAUCAAGUGUUGCUGGUAGACAGCUUCUUUGCACUCAUUGGGUUUUCUGUUUGCAUGCAGCAGACAGAGAAAGGAAAUAGUGUUGUGCAUUUUCUGGUUGUUUCCAGAUGGUGUAAAGAGAAGCAGAAUGAUUUCAAUCUUUCUUAUUUUGAAAUCAGCAACCUUUACCAUCAGGUUGUUAGGUUCUUUGUUUGCUAAUCUAUCUGGCAACAAGAUGAGCAGAAUCUAACACUUUGAAUGAGUUUGUUGGCUAGCUGCCUAAUACUGGGGACAGUUUGCUUAACAAACUUGUUGUGGUGGCAACUGAAAUAGUUACUACUUAAUUGUUUUUGUUGCUAUAUGAACACCAAAUACCUAAGAAUAUUUCUGAUUGCUACUUCAGUAGUAUAAUAAAAGUAAAGAUUUAUAAAAGUAAUUUUUAAGUGAAGUUAUUAAUUUAUUAAAUUAAAAAUGCACUUCAGAUGCUUUACUGAAACUCAGGAAAUUGGUGGGGCAGUUUGUCUGGACUCAGAUGCCAAUUUCCUUAGUGUUAUGCACUGGUCCUGUGAUGGCUUGAGUCAGAUAACACAAGCCCCAUGAAGUGAGAUAUAAAGUAAAUUAUUUUAUAUAAUAAACAAAUAAAGCAGUAUUUUCAUAUUAUGUUGCCCUGGUUAGGAUUUUCAUGAUAAUUCUUCCAUUUUGUAUUUCUUAUGAAGCAGUUUCAAGAGAAUACAACACUAGUUUUGAAAAGUUUCACAUAUGCUUGCAUGUCUUUUACCCUCAUGACAGCUCACCAGUAUGCUGUUUUAUCAGCAGCUUUCUCUGUUCAGGUAUAGAUUGGGAAGGUGAUAUACUGAUUUUUUUUUGUCCAGUGUACUGCAGUGUUUGCAUUAUAAGAUUUUUUUUUUCACCAAAUCCCCUUGUGCUUACAAAGCACAGGUCAUGGAUAGCCUUUGGCGCACCCCUAAGGGAUGGUUGCUUGUGCUAAGGCACAUAGUCUGUUCCAUCUCAGAAAAGAAAUUGGUGAUCGGCCACCCCUCCAAACUUGUUGCAAUCCAUGUAGUCCUUUCAGUAAGUAGGUAACUGAUGUACAGCAAUGCUAAAGACAACAGAAUACAUUGUAUUUAUAUUUUUUCUAAACAUAAUUACAUGUAACAAGUUUUAUGUCUUGAUAAAAUAUAUACAUAGGAUAUGCAUACAGUCACUCGCAGGAGUUUUUCUCCAGUGGCUGCCUAUCCUGUAUGUAUUAUUUAUCACCUGACAGAUAAUACUUGUUACAUGUAUUUGUUUAGAAAAAAAUGUAAAUAGAAUGUAUGAGUUUUUUUUAAUGUCUUUAGCAUUGUCUUAUAUCAGUUACCUACUUGCUGAAAGAAAUGCACAGACUUUGACAAUUAGACAUUGUGACUUUUAUAAAGAACAUUUUAUUUUACUUAUGUGUGCUGUUAAAUAUAACUGUCAAGGUAUUCCUUUUUUACUCUUCAGGUGAUUAUGAACUCUACUCACUAGAAUAACAAAAACGUGUAAAGUUGGGAACUGAAAAGUGAAUCCAAGAAGUAAUAGACCCCACUUAGAAAAUGUUCUACCAUAAUGGAUUUACUUCAGCUUGGUCCUCAAGAGUGGCACAAUUCCUAUUCAGGUUGGUAAAGACACUGCUGUUGGCUGUUGCUUUUGAAGGGAAGUUAUGUGAAGUUUUGUCUCAUCUGCCACCUUUGCUCAGGCUGAGAAACCAUCAAGAUUUCUUUCCUUUGUUCACCUGCUACAUAAGAAAGGGCUAAUUUUGUUUACAUCACUGGACUGAGCAAUGAUUGUGCAACUAACAGUAUUUUAAAAACUAUAAAGAAUUAUGGUUUAUUACAGACUAACAUCUAAUAUUUUAUACCACAAAGAGUGAUAUAAGUAGGAAGAGAAGAAUUAUUCGUAAAAAGUGAUGUAAAAUAUUAAGUGUUAAUCUGUGAGAUUAACCUAUACACACUGUUCUCAUAAGUAUUAAAACUCACUUUAUAUAAUGAAACAAUCAUAGCUGAAUCCAAUGAUGUAAACAAAAUUUCCCUACCUUGUGUAACAGGUGAGCUGAGUAAAUAUGAAUACAAUCUGAACCUGAAAAGAUAGUGGAUAGGGGAGACACCAUAUUUGCCUUCCUCCUCAAAAGUAACAGCCAAAUAGGAGUGCCCUGAUGAAGCAGGCUAGGGAUAGCAUCAUUCUUGGGAUGUAGCUAAUGUGAAUCUUACAUGAAUCUACUACAAUAGCUACCACCUAGAUCUGGAUAAAUUAGCAUUUAUGUAUGGUGUGGUGAAACAGUGAGAAUCAGUCCAGUUUAAACACCUUUGGGGGCAGCCCUCCCUCCACUCUUUCCAAAGAGAAGAAGAAUGCAGCCUGCAUAACGGAUUGUACCUUACAUUCCCAAAGGCAAUAUGUGAUAUGGUGCAGCUUCUGUGAAGCUAUUUUGCAGUUUUAAGAAUAAUAAUUUUGGAUUUGGUCGAGGCAUGCUGAAAACUAUUGUAAACUGUCUUGUUUGAUAAUAAAUUGUGAUGUACAAAGAAUAAAGUCUAUGUACCUAU